ACCCGCCGCCGGGCGACCGCCGCCGUAGCGGCGAGCACGUGAACCGCGGGUUCCGCCCCGCCGUGGAGGUGUACCCGCCGCCCCCGCCGCCGCCGGGCGACUACUCGUACGCCUACUACGAGCCGGGCCCGUCUACGAGCGCGGCGGGGCGGCACAGCUACGUGACGCGCUACGGCACGCGGGAGAACAUCUACGAGGAGAUCCCCGGGUCGGUGGUGUCCCUGCAGCAGAGCGAGCUGCGCGAGGAGGUGCGGCUGGUGCACCGCAAGCACCGCCGCGUGCUGGAGGAGCUCAACCUGAGCGUGGAGGCCAUGCUCAUGCCGCCGCCCCCCGAGGACCCCGCCGAGGAGGACCUGCUGACCGUGGGCCCCACGGACGAGCUGCUGUCGCCGGCCGGCUGCGACCGCGACUCGGGCUUCAGCGGCGGCUCGUCCGCCAGCUACACGGGGGCGGGCCGCCGCCGCUCCGUGACGCCCGUGUCCGGGGGCAGCGUGUGCACCACGUCCAGCGGCGGCUACUCGCCGCUCCCGGCGCACGCGCGCCGCCGCCUCCAGGCCGCCCCCGCUCCGCCCCCGCCGCCGCCGGCCCAGGCCAAGCCGCAGGGCUUCUGGGCCAGGAAGGGCUGGAGGAAGCUGGCCGGCUUCAGCGGCGGCGGGACGACGUCUUCCUGCGCCAAGACCAAGAAUGAGCCGCGCGCCAGGACGGGCUCGUGGGACGACGCCGGGCUGCACCACCAGGGGCACCACCAGCACCAUCAGGGCCGCCGCCUGGACCCCCCGCCGCAGCGCGCCGUGAGCAGCGAGGACAGCUGGUGCUCGGGCUCCGACCAGGAGCUGUCGUCGGGCGACGAGAGCGAGAAGAGCACCGCCUCCAGCACCAAAAGCAAUGGCCAGCUGAGGUCCACCCUGCACAAGGCGCGCACGCUGUGCGACAAGUGGCGGGCGGGAGGCAGGCAGCCCCCGGACCCCCCUCCCGGCCAGGUGGACGCGGGGGCGCAGGGCCGCCUCUCCCGCUGGUUCUCCAUCCGCCGCGGCUCCGUCAGCCAGUAUGACGUGGACGGGGGAGACCGCGUCAACGCCGCCGGCAAGAUGCCCCUGCUUCCCGAGGUGGAGGAGGAGUCGGCGACGGGCUUCGCCAACUUCACCUGCGCCCUGCAGCGUCGCCAGGCGCCGCCGUCGCUCCCUCCCGCGCCCCCCGACCUGUCCCCACAGCAGCUCAAGAGACGCCACAUCGUGGCCGCCAUCGUCCACUCGGAGAACUCGUACGUCGCCACGCUGCAGAGGCUCGUCAACGACUACAAGAAGCCCCUGGAGGAGAGCAACCCGCCCAUCCUGAACGGGGCCAAGAUCUCGACGCUGUUCCACCGCCUGCCCGAGAUCCUGCAGUGCCACACGCUGUUCCGCAUCGCGCUGACGGAGAGCAUCCGCAGCUGGGACCGCGACGAGCGCAUCGGAGACGUGUUCGUGGCCAGCUUCUCCAAGUCCAUCGUGCUGGACAUCUACAGCGGCUUCAUCAACAACUUCUCGGUGGCCAUGGACCUGGCCAAGCAGGAGGCCAAGCGCAAGUCCGCCCUCGCUGACUUCCUCAAGGUGAAGCAGAUCAGCGCCCACGACCGGCUGUCCUUCUUCGGGCUGAUGGUGAAGCCAGUGCAGAGGUUCCCACAGUUCAUCCUGUUCCUCCAGGACCUCCUGAAGCACACGCCGCAAGGCCACCACGACCGCAUGUCGCUGCAGCUGGCCCUGACGCAGCUCGAGUCGCUCGCCGAGAUGCUGAACGAGCGCAAGCGCGAGGCGGAGCAGUUCCAGGCCUUCAAGGAGACCCUGCGCCACAUCGGGGGCAAGUUCUCGGCGCGGCCGCUGUCCGACGCCAACCGCUACCUGCUGCGCGAGGACAACGUCACCCAGCUGGAGUACAACCAGUCUGGCUUCAUCACGAAGUCCAAGCCUCGAAGGCUGCUCCUGUUGAACGACAUGGUGGUUUGCGUUUCCGUAUCGCCGCGGCCGUCCGAAGACUUCAACAGCACCGAGCGCUUGGGGCUUAAGUGGACUUACCCAGUCUCCGAUAUUGAGGUGGUGGACACGAGCGCGUCGCCCACGCUCAGCCGGAUCCUGACGGCCGGCCUCCACCGCGGCUCCAGCCUCAAGUCGAACCACAGCGCCACCAACUCUGACAGCUCCGCCAACGCGACCAACGGCGUGGACGGCCUGUGCGCGGAGAUGAGCGACCUGAUGCACGACUACGAGGUGGUCAGCAGGAUAGCCGACCUCGUGUCGUCCCUGAAGGGCACCUACAAGGAGCUGGGCCCGGACACGGCCAGGCACAUACUGCACUCCAUCCAGACCUCGAUCCAGCAGAAGGAUGAGGAGAUGGCGUGGGCAGACUCGUGCUGCCUGCAGCUGUCCGUGCGCGGCCGUGCCAAGGAGGAGACCUACACCUUCCAGACGGACAACCCCUCCGUCAAGAAGGAGUGGAUCACCGAGCUGCGCCUCGCGCAGCUGGCGCUGGACCCCAGCAACUCCCCCGCGUGGGAGGUCCCGGAGCAGGAGCGCCGGCCGUCCACCAAGAUGCCGCUGUUCGUGCGCGCCCAGCCCGUCUACAAGUCGCAGCAUCAAACUGAGGUGCGCUGCGGCUGCUACCACGUGGCGGGCGGCAAGGGCAGCGGCGGGAGAGCGCGCCGCGCCCGCCCUAGCGGCUACCUGUGGGUGUGCACCACGGACGGGGCCAGCAGCCACAUAGCCGUGCUGUCCCAGCACCAGCAGCACGCGGGGCUGCUCAAGGACGCGGGGGCCUUCGACCUGGUGGAGACGCGGGUCACCGCCAUGGAGUUCGUCAAGGGCCUGUCGGCGGGCCUGCCCGGGCUGCAGGGAGACACAGUGUGGAUGGGCACCGACAGCCGCAGGCUGGUGAUGUACGCGGCCGGUGAGCCGGAGCGCCAGGAGGAGGUGGCCAGCUGCGCCGUGCCGGGCGCCGUGACACAGGUGCGCCACCACUGCGACUGCGUGUUCGUGGCGCUGGGCAACGGCAGCCUGCUGCAGUUCCGGCGCGGCGCGGACGGGGCGUGGUGCCUGGCGGAGCCCCAGGUGCUGUCCCUGGGCUCGGACCCCGUGUCGUCGCUGCUGCCCAUCAACACGGGCCUGUACGCCGCUUGUGGGCUCAAGGUCUGGGUGCUGGGCGGGCAGACGGGACAAGUGCAGAAGAGCUUCGGAGUCCAGCACGAGCACCUGGGCAACGUGAACCUGAUGGCGCACUCGGGCAUCGGCCUGUGGAUCUCGCUGAAGAGCUCGAGCACCAUCUGCCUAUACCACACGGAGACCUUCAAGCACCUGCAGGACAUCAACGUGGCCAACAACGUGCUUCGCGCCGCCGGCGGCUCCAACGACAGCAGCCGCGUGGCGGUGACGGUGACCGCGCUCAUGGCCUGCAAGGGCCUGCUCUGGGUGGGCACCAACGUGGGCAUCUCGCUCACCAUCCCGCUGCCCCGGCUGGAGGGCGUGCCCAUCAUCAGCGGGCGGGUCAACAUCUCGUACCACGCGCACUACGGCCCCAUCUCGUUCCUGCUGGCGCUGCAGCCCCGGGGCUGCGGGCAGGCGUCACGCUCGCCCCCGGCCGCCGCCCCCGAGUGCGCCGGCCCCCCCGGCGCGGCGGCCCGGCUCCGGCACCACCUGACCAGCAGCCCCCUGGUGGUGCGCCGGCGCCGCCCCAAGGAGCCCGACGCUCUGUCCAGCCGGGCGUCCAAGACGCUGCCCCGCGGGCUGGGCCUGCUGUCCGCGUCGACCACCUCCUCGCAGGGCUCGGGCGACGCCUGCGACGUGUACGGCCUCUACGGGGAGCUGAUGAACGUGCGGGACUACGAGGGCGAGGACUCGGCGGGGCCCGAGUGCGGGCCCCUGCGACGCAGCGACCCCGAGCUGGCGGCCAUCCCGGGCAAGGUCAGCACGCUGGACCGCCGGCUGCGCCUGAAGGCCGGCCGGCCGCGCUCGCUCGACCUCUCCAACUGGUCCGUGGACUCCCGCUCGUCCUCGCUGUACACGUCGUCGGGCUCUGAGGAGGCGCUGUCGCCGAGGAGCGGCAGCCGGUCCGUAUCGCGGCACGGCAGCAGCGCGAGCUCCGCGCCGCAGCCCCCCGGCGCCGUGGCGGACAUCACCAUCACCGUGCCCACGCCCGAGACCCCCCCCGAGGCCCCACAGGCCCCUCAGGGCGCCGACACGGGCCGGCGGACGGUCAUCACGCUCAUGGGCGGCCGGGGCUACGUCAACUGGCGGCACGCCUGCCUCGGCCCCGAGCCCAAGGCCAGGAACUCUGUGAGUCUGGAGCCCAACAGCAACGACGCGCACAUAGUCGUGUGGGAGAUGAAGUUGUGAUGACGUCGCGGUUGCCACACUCUUUUCUCAUUUCCCAUUUCUCCGGACGGUACCGAACGUGCGUCUACUUAAUUUGUUUUAGAAUUAAAUGAAAAAUACCGUGCUUAAAAAAAAAUGUGUUUGAACAUUGAAGUUGUUCAUUUCUUCAUGCCUGUUGAUGUACAUAGUGAUUGAAAUGAUUACAGUUUGUGUGUCUGAAAUACUUCUACACGGUGUUAUAAGAUUUUUCUUGGAAAUUUUAAGCUUUUGCUUUUACCACAUGUUAAAAUUGUAGAAUGCUUUGAUGAAGUGACCCUUGUUUUGAAGCAAUCAAACCAUUUUUUUUUCUGAGGUCAGCACUAUAUAUAAAAUAUGAAUUGAAUGGUUACAUGAAUAUUGAUGUCUAGAAUGUGUUAUAUAUAUUAUAUUUUCUGUGCAUGUAUAAUUUAUUGGCUUCAGUUGUUAAUAGUGAUGUUAAAAGCUUUCACAUUUUCAAAUUACGAGGUUUGAGUCGCAACAGUUUUGGCCAGUAGUUGCGAUUUUGAAUGUUUUUUAUCAAAUUGUUGUUUACAGUACAUUUAAUGUAUUUCUUCCUAGCAGUUGCAAGUGUUAGCUGUCUUUUUUUUGGUCAUAAUUCUUGUAAUGUUGCUUUCUUUUUAGACUUUUAAAUUGAUCUUUUGUAUCUUAUUAAAUACACAUAUUUUCUUUAAUAAACAUCAACUCUGAAAUUGUUUGUGAAUUUAUAUUAUCAAAUAGAUGAAAAUGCAUCAACAAAAAUGAUUUAUUUUUUAAAUUGAAAAUUUGUUAGUUUAAAAUGGCACAAGUCGGUUGCCAAGAAUGGUCAACAGAAUGUUAUUUACACAUUGCAUGAAUAAUUGUUGAUUAUUAAGUUCCUUAAAUAAGAUUAUACAAUAGUUUUAUAAAAUGAAUUUUUUGCACAUUAAUUAAUGGAUUUUUUUAUAUUUAAUUUUUGUAUAAAAUAAACAUAGAUACUGGUUGCAUGAAACAUGUGUAACCAAGGUAGUUGAUUUUCCUGUUAGCGUUGUUUAAGGUGUAUAGACUAAGAACAGCCCAGUCAAAGCUGAAGAUAAGACUCUUUUUCAAAUGUUUGGUUUAAACUGUGUAUUUUGCAUUUUUUUUUCAAUAUAUAUCAAAAAGCAUCAAUAUAUUGGUGAUUUUAGUUUGCAGUGAACCUUGUGGUAAUUAUUUUGAUUUAAAAUUAUAACAUUUUUCAUUAGUAUGCUUUAAUUUUCAAAGAUUGUUAAGUUUAAUAUAGUAUUUUCUGUAAUAAGGUGAAGCUAUUACCAACAUUUUUCAUAAGAACUGUAGGUGAUUUCAUUUUGGUUUUCUUCUCGAUUAAACAUGUAAAAAAUAAUAAAGUUUACUUUUGUAUGGAAGUGUAAAUUGCAAUAGCCUUGUAAUAAAUUACACUUUAAUAGCAUAUUUUAUCAGGAAAGCAUCUUGGAAAUUAUUUACAAUAGAUUCAUAUUGUUGGUGUCUUAAUACUUGGUGCUGAUUGAUUGAAUAAUUUCUCUUUUCCAAUAUGUAGUUUUGACUGUGUAACAUCUUGUACAAAACAUUCGUUUUUGAGCGGGAAAUAAGAUGCACAUUAUGUAUUUGUGAUGAUUGUACAUGUUUCACACUGGAUGCAAUUGCUACCAGCUACGUACAUGUAUUUUCGAUUAAAUAAUUUUGUCAUGAUUCUGAUAUUUACAGUAGUGUUACACUUGUACAGCAUGAUUAUUGUUCUUGCAUGACAGAUUACAAUAUUCUUCCUUAACCCUUUAUUUUAAAUCUUUUCUAUUCUUCUGUGCACAAAAGGGAACAAAUUACUCUAAGCAGCUGAAGAGACUGUACAAUAAUGUGUUUUACACAGCAAAAUAUAUAAAUUGUUACUAUGUGUGUAUAUAUGCUGAUAGUAGCAAUUUCUGGUGCUGUUUACCAAGUAUGUAAUUUUUUUACAUGUUUAAAAAUUGGCCUAAUAUUUUUUAUGUGUACAGUUUAUGCUAUUAACAUA